UCAACCCGCCGUUCGUCACCAAUUGGCCGGCCGAGGUGCAAAGGAGCUUAUUCGUCAUAUCCCUCAUCUCGUGUCGCUGCAAGAGGCGCUGAGAUUCUUUUCUAGCCUCGCCAAUCUUGGCGUUCCCGUCCACCACCGGUCCGCUCGCUCCUCACGUUCAGCAUCGCACAGGUCGCGACUCAACCUGCUCCAAUCGUACAGCUUUCAACGGGCGACAUUCUCUUUCAUCGCCUAGCGCACUCAGAGCAUCUUACAACACACUUUCGUCCACAUCGUCUGCAGAGCACACAUGGGGCGAGAUGACUCGGGCUUCCGGCUCUAAGAAGGCAAGCAAGAAGAGGUUGCACAAGCCAGAUUCGAACACCUCUGGCCAAGCGCUACCCUCCUCAGCUCUAGUCAAGGUCAAGUCCAACGACAGUGCCCCAUCAGGAUCGAGACUCAAACACGAUGACGCGUUGACUCAUUCAGGCAAGCUGAGUGAUGGCCAUCGCAGCUCUCACAAAGACUAUCAACGUCAACAUCUCCACCAUGACCACUCGCACUCACAUCAUCAUCACUCGAGCCAGCAACGGGACUACGACGACUAUAUGCUCGGCCAUGACCACCACCAUGGCGAUGAUGGAGAGGAGUCUGAGCUAUGCGAUCACACGAACGUGGAUGUAGCGGUGAUGGGCAAAGUAAGCUCUUUGCUCUCUACGCUUUUCACCUGCUCUUUCAAAUUAGCCGUCCCUUCGCUGUAUCGCGGAAUGGUUCAGAAUGUGCAGGAUCGCGUUUUAAAGGAUCGACUCAUGACGAUGAUCGAGCACGGGCAUGGCAUAGAUGAGAUCGCGGUGACCUCCAAGGCGGAUGGAAUGCGGAAGACGAUCGAGGCCCAAUUCGAGCUUGCGUGCGAAGAGGAGCUCGGCGAUAUUGUUCUUCGCCUCAGCACCGAAGACUCUUUUGAUUUAUUGUGCGAUCUGGCGGUCAAGCAUGGGCGAGAUCUCAAGACUUGGGGCCCCCCUUGCGCAUGUAGCUUUGCUUCAUGCUACACGUGCUUAGAAGCGCUGGUGGAGUCUGUCAAGGCUACGCCUCCAACGCCUCCUGCCGACAUUCGUCCUGUGAAUGUCACGGACUUGAUCACGUUCGUGGAAAACACUGUGUGCAUCGGUGCAGCACCGACCCAAAAGUGGGGCAAACGAGACAAAUGGGCCGCUCGCCUUGAGGACCUUUGGAACGGCAUGGCUGAGAUUCUGUGGGGAAUAGCGAACGCGGUGGACCCAUUAGAGCUGCCUCAGGUGCAGAGCGCACUACAGACCCUGACCUCCCUGAACGGUCUGGAUUUGUUCUACACUGUGGUGACGAGAGAGUUAGAAGCAGCUCAGACUCAUGCCAACGGCACCGCAGUGGCUCACGCAAAGCCUCCAAAGAACGGAAUUCCGUGUCGCAUGCUCACGCCAAGCUUCCCAACCAGCACCACGGGAAUUUUGAGCGCCCAGUAUUCUAGAAUGAUUGAGGAAAAUAGGGCUUUGAAAGAGAAGGAAGAGCCUGCGGACAAGCCCUUGCGGGCGCUCGAUGAUGAAGAACGCGACCGUCAGACUGGAGCCGAGUAUCGUCGAGCUCUGGCUCGCGCGAUGAGAGAGCAAGGCAAUAACGCACACACUGCCUCACGGUAUGCGGAAGCUACCGAACACUACACUCGAGCGAUGGGUUACGAUCCUAGCGAAAGCAUAUAUCCUCUCAACAGAGCAGCGUGCCUCCUCAAGCUGCAGCGAUAUGCGGAUGCGGAGAGGGACUGCACGGCGUCCUUGGUCCUCAACCCAGAUAACCCAAAGGCUUUCUUUCGCCGAGGUAUCGCCCGAGCAUCUCUGGGGUGCAAAGAAGAGGCUGUACAAGAUCUCGACGAUGCUUUGGAGAAGCAAAAAGGGGAACCAGCUGCGUAUAAGGAGCUGAGCAAGCUUCGGGAAAAUUUUUUGGCCGCGUAUCCACUACCAGCAGCUGACAACCUGACUGCGGAGGCAGCCGAGCUCAAGGUUCCGACCGUCAAGCCGGUGCCCUUGAACCUGGAUUUGAAAGGGAAAGGUCGAGAGAUGGAUCUCGAGCGGAACGUCGCUCGCUUCCACAAUGUUGCGGAUCGCUUGCCAUCCUCCAGAUCCGAUCCCGAUACCGCUGACGUCUCGAAAAAGUCAUCAAGCACCAAGAAGGCUCGCACUCGAGUAACGAGCGAGGAGAGCGAGACCUUUGUCACAGCUUGCUCGGGCAGCAUCGCGCCCACGAGCGAUCCUAGCGACUUGCAUCACCCUUCACAACGCGUAGAUGGAGCAGGGUCGUCUAGUUUGAUGGAUCGAGGCAAAGCGCAAAGCAGCGAUGGAGACGCAAGCGUCGAUACGGAGGACAGGCUGAGUGAAGGCGAUGGCACGACACGUUCUGUCGGCACCGAAGCGACUUCGAGUCCGUCUCCUACACUGUCACACAACAAAUUGUCCGCGCAUUCUCAUGUGAGAUCUCUCGAGAGCGUGACGACGGACAAUGCGGCCCAGGAGCAUCGCACCAACGCGCAUCGACGGGCAAAGCAGAUUGUUGCGACGCAAGCUGCAUUCGCCUUCUUUUUCAGCCUCAUUGUCCAAUUCAGAAGCGGCAAAGACUUGCCGCGCGCUCUUGGAUUCGUGCCAAGUAAUGGGCUCAAGCUGACGGGCGAGCAAAGACGCGAGUUGGGGCACCUCGUCGCCAAAACGACACCUCCAUCAGUCAAGGAUUUGGAGACGCUCAAAACGCUUCUCAAAAGGGAGGUGGCAGCGAUGGAGGGAGCAGACAAGGCGCAGAUUGCUCUCAAAGGCUUACGCAACCCUUCGUCGGACACUUAUGGAGAUGUCAACACGCUCUAUAAGCUUCGAAGCGUCGGGGUGCUGGAUGUCAAAGACGUCUCCUUCCGCGUAGCGCGCUUCCUCAAUUCCCCAUCCGUCCCAGACGCUGCGAGCGUCCUGAGCUUUUGAUAGACGAGAGGCGUCUCAUUUCAACGCAGCGGGCCGCUGCCAGGCGCAUUACCUUCUGCGGGCCCUCAUCGCACACGCAGGUCUUUCCCCUUUUCCCCGAGGGGAACGGCCUUCAAUGACCGCCGCUGGGUUCCCCCUCUCACUCUCGUCCGGAUGCAUCCGUCUCAGACUUCACUUCAAACUUUCAAAGUCCCUAUCCAUGACCCCAAUGUAAUUUUACAAAUUUGUUUCACAUAGUAGCAGUAACCCUCCCAUCACGAACGCAAUGACGCCAAAUGUAG